AUGGACGAAGACGGCGGCGGCGGCGAGGGCGGCGUGCCCGAGGACCUGUCCUCGGAGGAGCGGGAGGAGCUGCUGGACAUCCGCCGGAGGAAGAAGGAGCUCAUCGAUGACAUCGAGAGACUGAAGUACGAGAUCGCCGAGGUCAUGACCGAGAUCGACAACCUGACGUCGGUGGAGGAGAGCAAAACGUCCCAGAGGAACAAGCACAUCGCCAUGGGGCGGAAGAAGUUCAACAUGGACCCCAAGAAGGGCAUCCAGUUCCUGGUGGAGAACGGGCUGCUGCAGAGCGCCCCCGAGGACGUGGCGCAGUUCCUGUACAAGGGCGAGGGCCUCAACAAGACCGUCAUCGGGGACUACCUGGGGGAGCGGGACGAGUUCAACAUCAAAGUGCUCCAGGCGUUUGUCGAGCUGCACGAGUUUGCUGACCUCAACCUCGUCCAGGCCUUAAGGCAGUUCCUGUGGAGCUUCCGGCUCCCCGGCGAGGCCCAGAAGAUCGACCGCAUGAUGGAGGCGUUCGCGUCCCGCUACUGCCUGUGCAACCCCGGCGUGUUCCAGUCCACGGACACGUGCUACGUGCUGUCCUUCGCCAUCAUCAUGCUCAACACCAGCCUGCACAACCACAACGUGCGGGACAAGCCCACGGCCGAGCGCUUCGUCACCAUGAACCGCGGCAUCAACGAGGGCGGGGACCUGCCCGAGGAGCUGCUGCGGAACUUGUAUGAGAGCAUCAAGAACGAGCCGUUCAAGAUCCCGGAGGACGACGGCAACGACCUGACGCACACGUUCUUCAACCCGGACCGUGAGGGCUGGCUGCUGAAGCUGGGCGGCCGCGUGAAGACCUGGAAGCGGCGGUGGUUCAUCCUCACGGACAACUGCCUCUACUACUUCGAGUUCACGACGGACAAGGAGCCGCGGGGGAUCAUCCCGCUGGAGAACCUCAGCAUCCGGGAGGUGGAGGACCCCCGGAAGCCCCACUGCUUCGAGCUCUAUAACCCCAGCCACAAGGGGCAGGUCAUCAAAGCCUGCAAGACGGAGGCGGACGGCCGCGUGGUGGAGGGCAACCACGUGGUGUACCGCAUCUCGGCGCCCAGCCCGGAGGAGAAGGAGGAGUGGAUGAAGUCCAUCAGGGCGAGCAUCAGCAGGGACCCGUUCUACGACAUGCUGGCCACGCGCAAGAGGAGGAUUGCCAAUAAGAAGUAG